AUGAAGUUCUUAGUACUCCAAGAUCCCUGGGCGGUUAUGCCGUUUACGUUGCGAUGCUUGGAAAUCGUUGGCCUCCGCGUAACGCGGUGUGACUACAUCCGCUUUCUGGUGGGUGUGUUUUGGUCGGUGGCAGUAGUAGUUUUCCAUAAAGUGUACUUUGGAUUUCGAGAUCAGAUCGAUUUGCAGAUUCGCGGAUAUUCGGAGUUGUUUUUUGAAUGGCACCAAAUCGGUCGGAUACUGUUGUUCAGCUGGAAAAGCAACGAGUUUGAUAAAAUUGUACAGAUCGUCGAAAAAGUUAUCAGCAAUGUUCGGUCAAUUUCAAAUAAGAAAUUACACGAUAUGGUUAUCCAAACGAAUCAACAGAUCGACAGACGUACCAAAAUAUAUACUAUCUAUACCACCGUGGCGGUGAAUUUGUUCGUUUUAGUACCAUUGCUACAAACUACUGGAGUGUACUAUAUGAACCGCCACCGAAACGAAACCGAAAGAAUGGAAUUUGUGACGGCCAUGGAGCUGGAAUUCUUGGGGUUGAAUUUUCGUGAAAAUGUCAUUCAUUACAUCAUUUUUGAAAUAUUUGUUGUUCCCGUACACUACUGGACAGCGGCUAUAUUUGUUCUAGCUGGGAUCAUAAUGUACAGUGCAAUCAGCUGUUCAUCAUUGAUAUUCAGUUUGGUGUCAGAAAGAUUGAGCAAGCUUCACGAACUUUCCGGACAAGCUUUGCGAGACGAGCUAUCUGACAUUAUUAAGAUGCACGUGGAUGGAUUAAAGAGCAUUGAACAUUUGGAAAGGAUUGUCACUCUAGCCAUGCUUUUACAGGUCAUCGAUUGUGUUCUUAUUUGGAUUUCUAUGGUUUUAUACAUUAAAAAUAACCUUAGCUUGAAUGCGUUCAGUGUACUCGUAUUGCUGAUUGUAACGACAGCCGAAACGUACGCUCUUUGUGUAUUGACAACUCAACUUACGUAUGCGAGUUAUGCUGUGGCGGAUACCGUUUACAACAACUCCAGCUGGAGCACGUUGCCCGUUGAUGUACAGAAGGAUUUAGCCAUGAUGCUGCAAAGAGCCCAGAAACGAGAAGGUGUUACUGCAGCCAAAUUUUGCUUCAUGGACAUUGAGCGGUUCGGGGGCAUUGCGCGGGCAUCGUACUCGAUGUUUGUUGUUCUGAAGGAUAUGUUAUGA